GGGAGAAUUGCGCUUCGCUGAAAGAUUCGAGCAGUUCUUCUUUUUUUCUCCGAAAACGCCCUCUCGUCGGCCGUCCCUCUCCGGUGUGCAUGCAUUUUCCAGUUCCGCAGGCCGCUGUCUCCCGUUCGUUCUGCAAGAGAUCCCUCUGUUAGUUUUCUUCCUUUCUCCACUGAAAGCUCCAACUUGUCCUGUCCACUCAGAAACAGGUUCCCUCUCCAGUCACUCAGAAGCAGUUCUCUUUGCAGCCGGCAUCUGUGCUACACAGGAGGUCCUGCGCUGCUUCAGCCUCCCCCUGUGUGUCUGUGCAACUCUCUGGUUUUGUUUCGUUUUCUGUGAACGCUUUCUUGCACGUUGAAUCGUUUUUCUUCGGAACCGAGGGCACGCGCAGCUCAAACACAGGAGAUCCUCGAACUCUGGAGUCGCAGGCGAGGACGUCCGGAGCUUUCUAUUCUUUUUCUCGCGUCUCUUCUCGGCGCAGCAGAAUGGCGGCCGAGGCAGGCAAAAAGAAGUCGGAGCCUCUGUCUCCAGACGAAGUGACAGAUUUGUUUCGCCGCCUCGACGACCUUCUUCGGCAAGAAAACUACGAGCAGGCCCUUAAGGUCUGCAGCAAACUCUCCCUCGACGAAGACAGCGGCCGGAGUCGCCUCUUCUGCCUGCUGCAACUCGGGCGCUGGUCUGCAGCGACGGAGCUGGUGAAGACUCUGAAGAAGAUCAAAGUGGAGGAAGAAGGCGCGGAGGCGGCGGCGCGCGCGUACCUUUUCGAGGAAGCCUACUGUCUGUACAGGUUGAAUCGCCCCCAAAAAGCGCUCGAGCUUCUGGAGAAAAACGCUCGGAUUGUCGACGCGCUCCCCCCGGAAGAACGCCUCCGCGUCACGCACUUGAAGGCGCAGACGCUCCACAGGUUGGGCAGCUACGGCGCAUGCCGCGCGAUCUACGAAGAGUUGCUGCAGGACGACCUCGACAAUGAGGCGUUGCUGGUGAACUUCCUCUCCGCGACCGUCUGCUGCGGAGAAACGCAUGCGACUCGAGACUCGCUGGUUCCUGCGAAAUUGUGGAGGCAUGUCGAACGCAACUUGGGAAUCACGUACGAACUGCCGUUCAACGCCGCCUGCGUCCGCCUCCUGGAGGGCCGCCUCGACGAUGCAGACGUCCUCCUUCAGCAAGCGCGAGAGCUCUGCGCAGAAGAGUGUGGCGUCGAGGAAGAGGCUUUGAGUCAGGGAGACUUGGCAGGCGUCUUGGUGCAGGAAGCGUUUCUGCGAGAUCUGCAAGGUCGGGGAGAAGAGGCGAGUGCGCUCUACUCCCGUCUGCUCCAGAAAGUAGCGGAAGAGCGAACUGCGGGCGAAGGACCGGAAGAGGUCGACGUAGCAGUUCUCACAGUCGCACAGACAAACGCGUUCGUCCACGACGCCCGCAGGAGGCUGACCGAGACAGGCGAACGCAGCGAGGACUCCAGUUUCGCGCGCUCAGGUGGAUGUACUCUCGACGACGCCAUCAAGCGUCUUGCGCGAGGCACUGGACAAGCACUCGACCAGAAACUCACCACGGCGCAGGCUUUGACGCUGGCGGUGAAUCGCUGCGUGGCUUUCAUUCUCGCCGGGAGACUGGAAGAGGCGCGGAGAUUGCUGGCGGCAUCGAGCGCCAGGUUCGGUCCCAGACAGCCAAAGUUGAUUCUCUUGCGAGCGGCGCUUCAGCUGGCCUCUGGUCGUCCAGCAAAGGCCGAAGAACAGCUGCGACAUCUCCUCUCCUCUUCUUCUCCUUCGUCUCCUUCCGUUUCUCUGCCUCCUGCGGAGGAGAUUCGGGUGAACCUGGCGCUUGCGGCGUUGCGCUUGGAGCAGGGCGACUCUGCGGGAGCGUCUUCUGUCCUCGCUGCAGCUCGCGCUCGUUUGCAGAGCAUGUCGGAGGAUUGUCCAGAGAAGUCGGCUGCGACCGAUCGUCUCUCUCUUUUGCGAGACCUCGUGGCGAUGCAGCAGCGCGCAGGCGACGCGGAGGGGGCCAUUCAGUCUCUGGAGGCGGAGCAAACAGCCUGGAAAGACAAGAGUUCGGGCGACUCCGGCGCUCGCUUUGCAGUGUCUGUUCUCUUGACUUCUGCGAGUGCAUGCGCGGCGCUGGGCCACUGGGCGGCGGCUGGCCAGAAGUGCCGAGAAGUUUUGGCGCAGACGCAGGCGACUUCUCCCGAGUAUCUGCGAGCUCUCGUCGGAGCCGUGCAUGCGUCGUCUUUCUCGUCUUCUUCGGAGCCGGACGCCAAGUUUCUCCGGGAGCUCAGACAGCGCAUCCCGCAGAGAAUUCUCCUGCUGGACAGCGACGAAGUCGAGAAGCAAGAUGUGACGGCGUGUGCGCCGAGGAAGACGAAGGAGAGCAGACCGAGUGCCGGAGAUGCAGAGGCUGAGAAGAAAAAGAAGAAACGAAAGCCGCGCUGGCCGAAGGGAUUCGACCCGAACGAACCUCACCUGCCGCCGGAUCCGGAGAGAUGGCUGCCCAAAUGCGAACGGACUGGUUACAAGAAGAUGCUCAGACGCCGCAAAGAGGCUGGACGAGGAGGCGCGCAAGGCGCUGUCGCGCCCGGAACUGCAGAGGCGACAACGGGUUUCCGUAAUGCGGGGCCGAGUACGGCGAAGACAGAAGCGGCGAAAGAUAAAAACGUUGGGUCGCGAAAGAAGCGCGGAACGAGGAAGUGAACGUGAAGCGUUUUCGGAAAACGUCUUAUGUUUCGGGCAUGUAAUGGAAUAAGUGUGUGGGCGUAGGACGAGAUGCACUGCACCGCGAGGAUGGCGAAGAUUGACUUGGCGUUUUGUGGGUUUGCCGAGGAUUUGCGCCACAGCACACUGGGGGCUCUUCGCUGUCUCUGCAGAGAAGAUCGUGGGGAAAAGCAAGGGAUUUUACGCUUUGCUUGGUCUACACCGUCACUCUUCUCUCGCUUUCGACGUGGUUUUCCUGUCGACGGAAAGAACCUUCACGGUGUUUCUUGUGUGAAAGACGAGAGAUAAAGUCUCAUUUGCUUCCGGCAGAACCAUAGGAAUGACCUUUACGCAGUUCGACCCUGUAGCACGUUAAAGAGUCACUGAGACAGGGUUAUUGAAGAGCUUCUUCUGGGGAGAAUCGAGUUACUUGUACUUCCGUUUCGUGGAAAUAGACUUUCUCAUCUACAACGCUCACUGCGUACUGAGAAUCAGACCGAGAGACUGCACGAAGGGUGCUACGAAAAACGAGGCAGUAUGUUUUUUCGGGGUUGUAGGGGGACGCUCCUCGCGUCUCGUGGUUGAGG